AAUUAUUUUAUCGUAUGUGUCUUCAGUAUAGUAGUUGAAAACUGAAAGAAUUAUGCCGCAGGACGUGAGUUGGAGAAUUCCUCUACCGACAUUGGACCUAGGCGCAGGGGAAAAAAUUAACUUGAGGUUGAGGUCAGUUCGCCAUCAUCGAAAUGGACAAACUCGAAAAGUUCCAAUCGUAGAUCGUCCGCUCAAACCCCAGCUGAAAAUGGAAGAAGCCAUCCAGAGUUUCUUACCAUCGCUGAAGCCCAAGCCCGUGGCCAAGGAGCUCAUUAUCACAUCACGGACGCCUUCUCCAUGCUCAAAGGCCAGGCCAGUGCCUCACCUGCCACGUGCGUGCAUCCCCGUCUGGGGGACUGAUGACACGUCCCGCAGUGCGACCUACAACUGCCAUCUGUGCUGGGGGUUGGCGAAAUGCAACCCUGAGAUGCAUCCACAGAAUCUGCCGUCGAUCUCGGACACUGUGAGCUGGGCCUUCAGAGCCAAGAAAGAGAGGCUGAAGUCCGCCAGGCGCCAUGGGGGUGUUGCCAAGGACAAGAAGGCCAGGCGGAAAGAUAUCACCAAAGGGCAAGGUCCAGCAACACUAAAGGUGGAUGCAUGGUUGCAGACUGAUGCAUGCCCUGUGGAUGGAGAAAACCUUAAACUGUCUGAGCUUGGCAGUGAUAUUGUUUUGUUCCCUGGAACUACUCCCUCCAAUAACGUCACACUGGCGCUCCCUGCCAUAAAGGGGGCGGACACCAUCCUCCCCCAGCAUGUUGUGCCGCUUACAUUCUCCAAGGAGAAGCUCCAAGAUAUGCCAAGAACUGCCUGCCAUAGGGAACCCUGCAGCGACAAGAGGUGCCGGGCCAGCAGCCCAGCAGAUCACACAACGUGGGCAACGAAGCGAUUCACCAACAGGAUGUAGUGAAUUUAAAAUUUGAGAGGCCACGUUUUUGAUGAGACUAUAAAGUAUGCUCUUGAAUAUUUAAUCAUGAUCAUGAAUAAUGUAAUAUUCAGAUGAAGUGUUGUCCUUCUGGACCAGUUGCAUACAAUGACACGCUUCAGUCAAUCCACAGAAACCGGGAUAUGUUAAUAUAUGUCAAUGGUGCAUGUAUUUAAGGUACAUGCAUCAUCCCUUUGCUAAGGCCAGGCCCAGAGAAAUUUCUGGUUUGUCCACUGUCACACCUACAAUACUGCACUGUGUUAUGUACAAACAACCAUCUCAAAUCUGCAUCAGUGUCACUAGAGUCAGCCAAAUAUGUAACAAACAGAUUGAAUAGUACUUCAUUUAAGACACAGCCCAGUAAAAUACCAACAGAGAGUCCCCGCUCUGCCUAUUUUUUUGAGAAGUUGCUUUGGGACAUUCAACCCAUAACCAUGUUGGGACUGUGUUUUUGUAACACAAUCCGAUUCUCUUUUGUUCAAGGAACGUGCUCUUUUUGAUAUGAAAAUUCAUCCAACAUGUCAAAGGUUGCCUGCCUUAAAUCACCUAUGCUACUUCCUUCGACUGCAGAUCUCUUACUUCGAGGUUAUCAUUCCCAGGCAAACUAGAUCAAGGAAGUCAUUUUGCACUUGGAAGUCAUCCUUUGGUGAGUUGAUAAGCGGUAAGACAGGAACUGUUCGAUGUGGAUGCUGGAGCAAUUGUUGAAGAUCAUGCACUGUGAAGGAUUUGGGUUCGUUUAGCAAACAACACACACUACAAACAGUUUUUGAUCCAGAAAACGAGGAACUAUAGAAAAAGUAAAACAAAGAUAUUGCAUGCAUUUUCGAAUUAUUUGGUGGUAGCUUAAAAUUGGUGUCAGUCAACUGCCCCUUUAUCUGUGUUCUUUCUGAUGAUUCAUCCAAAUGUGGGAGAAUGAAUUGUCCUCCAAGAAGUGUAUGACUCAAGUCAUUACCACGUUAGGUAAUAUCAGGACUCUCUUUUCUUCAUUUGUGGAAGACUGAGACACAACGCAAUAGGGCAUAAUUUAAAUGGUCAAUGCACCUGAUAAGCAACAAUUCCUCUGUCACUCUUCACCACCUGAACAAACAUUUGUUAAAUCGUUUUUGGACCUCUGGUUUUUAAGGGGAAAAAUCCCACUUGGCUCCCCAUUCCGGACUCAAACUUAGGUGAACCACUAGGUACCUGUAUUAAGCACCGCAUGGGAACUUCGCCCCGCUUUUCAACUCCAAACCUGCAAGUCAGGAUUGCCAAGCAUCGAUCAAUAUGCUGUAAAAAUUUGAACAUCGCCCUCUUGUGCCCACAUGAGAAAACAACUUGAGAUUUGUUGACAACAUGAUAUUAACUCUUAAAGAACUUUUUAGGGGUCGAAUGGCUUCAACAAUGGUGACAAACACAGUCCCCCUCCGCAAAUAUGUCCUGGAUCCGCCCCUGCUGCUUCCUUUUAAUUCUCAGGUUCCCAAAAUUAAAAAAGUCAACUUGGGUUUCAAUUAAUUCUGCCGAUUUCUAAAUAAGACCAGGUAAAGGCAGUUUGAGUACCAAGAGAACAUUUCCUGAGAAGCACCCAAAGUUUCCGGAGAUGAACAAACUUGUUCUAUUGUAGACUGACAUACAUUUCACUAAUCAGCAUAAUUUUCUACUGAUUUUCCUUUCAUUUUACAGAGCCUAGCUUGAGUCUUAGAUCAAAAUAUGAAACUUGAUUUUGAGUACUUAUACCGGUAUGUUUAGAUUACAAAUUUAAAAAAGUUUUCAUUCUAAUUAUUUUAAUGAAUGUUAAAGUUUAUUUUGUAUUUGCACCUGAUAACUAGAGAGUCUGUGUUGGUCCUGUCAAUUUCAUCAAUAAAAUGUUAUUUUAAAGAGGUA